UCUUGCGAACUCAGUUUCGCACGUGGUGUUGUUACCACACUCGCAGGCAGUGGCUGCUGGUGGUUGAUUUGGUGGCAAUCUGAGGUUGAUGCGCGGCAUAAAAUGGCUGUAAGCCUGUCGUCUCAAUUGAUGACUUUCAACGACAAUGAGUUUGAUAACCAAAUUUCUCGAAUGGAUGAAGUUGAAGAUUUGAGUACCUGCUCAGUUUGUUUUUCCGAGUACAACAGUGAUAAACGAAUCGCUAAGUUUCUUCCUUGUUUUCACACAUUUUGUCUGGAGUGCCUUAGAUCAUUAUCUUCAUCAACUGUGAUAAUUACCUGUCCUCUGUGUCGAAACACCUUUACUUGCAAUAAUGGAGUGGACAACCUUCCAUCCAACAUGUAUGCUCUGCACAUUGCAAAGAUGUCUAGCAAAGUUGAGAGAGCCAAGCAGCUUCAAAAAUCGUUGGAAUACUGGUGUCUAACGUGUGAAUCUGUUGCCAAUUUGUCCUGCUAUUUCAGCAAUCCUAAACAUUUUCUUGUUACCAUCAAAGGUAGCACUUUAAAAGAUGCAGAGGAUCUACAAAAACUGAUAAAAGAUAUCCCUGUGAAGAAAUCCUUAGCUAUUCAAAAGCGCAAGCAAGUGCAAGCUCAUCUGGCCUCAUUGAUGGAAUCUUUGAAACAAGUUGAGGAUGGACUGAAAGAUCAGAUUGCAAAGAAUGAUUUCCACCUAACAGCAUUGAUGACCCUAGAAGAAAAGGUUGCUCUUCCCCAAGAGAGUAAAGAUGUGACUAUUGUAACCAUUAGGGAAAUCGUUAACAAGAUCGCUUUCCAGUGCGAAGAAUCAUUAACUGACGUCACUAGAAUCGCUGAAUAUUUCGAGUCCCAGAAAAGGAUUAAAAUCCUUUUGAAUCUUCGAAAUCCAGAUAAUCAGAUCAUACCGACUUUUUCUCUCUUCGAAGAUGGUUUUUACAGCAACUGGUCUACUUCUGAAAACUUGUCUACUACGGAUCGUAACCUGAUGCUGGUAUCACAUGUGAUCUUCAAUAUCUUGAAGCGAUGGAACAUUGCUUUGAAAGUCAAAUCGUCUCCUGCUUCGUUGUUUGCGGCAAUCGCCAUACCUUGUAUAGAAAACAGAUUACCUCCACCGCCGCUGAUGAGCGUCGUCGCACCCUCAACCUCUUCCAACAUUGCCCCGAGUACCAGUCCUCCUAACGUAGCUGAACAAACGUUCAACAAGAUAUCUACUAAUUCAAAUUCGGUUUGGGGUUCACCACCCGUGUUGAGUUACUCUCAAGUGCUCAAUUUGCCAAAACCAGUUCUGCCUCCAAAACCACUUCCACAAACCGGCAGCGAAUUGCCUAGUUUUACCUUCCGAUUCGGCCAAAAAGGCAACGGCAAAUUCAAUGUCCCAAGUAAAUUUCUUGGUGAAGUCCUGGUGAAAAUGAAACUAACAUCACAUGUUAAAUUCAUUCAAGAAUUAGUUCAUUUCUGCCGAAAACCCAGAGAAGUUACAAGGCGCAUCAUAAAGGCCUCCCCGGGGAUGUUCAUCACUGUCCAAGCUGAGAAUCCUCUCAUGAUUGAAGCUAUGCCGGCAAUGCAGAGCUUAGGCACAUGGGAGAGCCAGGAACGAACCCAAGAUGCUUUGGAUGUUGGUAUCAACGCUGUCUUAGAUGUGGACGGCCAGGUAGUUGCCUGGAAAUUUAUUUUUCUUCUCGAGAAAUUUAAACCGAACAACAUGGAAGUGGCCAUGCUUUUCGGAAAAGUGCUUGAGGGCAAGGAUAUUUUACACCAUAUGGCUUCGAGAACAAAACAGGAUCGUUUCAAUCUUCAAGUUACCGUUAAAACAGUUUGAGCUUUUUCAUUUUUCUUAAUACGUUGUAGUAACAUCUCACACAUUAUUUCACAAUUUGUCGAACCCAGAAAGAAAGAAGUUAUGCUUUAACUAUUUCUUUAUUACUGAGAUGUUGUUAUCCUUUAUUUAGCUCGCUGGAUGCAGUUUUUUUCUUUCUUUUCGUUUGGUUCUUUUAUGUUACCGUUUCGGCCCGUCUUUUACAUCUAUGUAUUUAAAGCUUAUCGAUAUAGACCCCUCAUCCCUUUCCACGUCGGGUACCGUGCGCUUUAGAGCGAUCGACAACAAGCUUCAAUGUCGACAAAUUCAUGUGUACUUUUUGAAAAGACAGGCUCAGUUUAAUAAACAAUUCAAACAAACA